AAAUGGAACAAUUAUGACACGUUUCGUCAAAUAAACGUCAGGCAAAGAACGAAACCGCAGUCCCAGGUCGAUUAAAGCCCUGAGUUUCUUAAAUUGUGGCCCAAAAUUGGGACCUUUAGGCUGCAACUCAUUGAUCGUCAAAAAUUUUAAAUUAAUUUUGAUCCGGUUUGUCGGGUAGUCCAGUAAUCGGGACAAUAUACAGGUGGACACCAGCCUUCAACUAGAGCUACACUUUUAAGCCGGAAAAUGAGUGCCCCCGUCUAUGUGGAAGAAGAAUUGGGCCGAAAAUGGGACAAGUGCUUAUCGGACUCCGUCAUUAAGUUCGGUGGAGGAAUCGUGCUGGGCAGUGUAUUUUCGUUGUUGUUCUUCAAAAGACGACGAUGGCCAAUUCUGAUGGGAGGCGGUUUUGGCGUGGGAAUGGCCUAUUCAAAUUGCGAGAAAGAUAUAAAUGCCACAAUACGUAGUUGUGAUCCACAUAGUCCUUCCAACGAGAAGAAGUGAGCUAUUUUAGCAGCACCCGCAUAGGAUACUACUGCCUCUUAGUAACUAUCAUACUGUAUGGUUCUAAUUUAUUUUGGAAAUCACACAUAGCAUGUAUAUAUAUUUUCUAUUAUAAUAAAUACGUUUGUUUGUUUUCCUC